AUGAAUCGGAAUACUAAUAAUAAUAAUGAUAAUAAUAAUAAUAAUAUUAAUGAAAGUGGUAAUACUAGUAAUAAUCAAACAAAUAGGAAUGAAAAUGUGGAAGGAAAUACAUCAAAGGCUAUCACUGCUGUCCAUAAGAGCAUGAUUGGAUGUGUGGCUUCGGGAAUUGUUUUUGAUUUUGUGGAUAGAGCUAUAGGAAAUAUCUAUUCAGAAUCGGGAAUGUAUGAAAUUACCCUACUGAUGAGAUGUAUUUGUGUGUUUGUGGCUGAUAGAUUUGUGUUUCAUAUUGUAAUGGAGAUUUUGGAUAGGAUUGAAGAACAACAAUGGACCUUUUCUAAUGAAAUUUCGAAUAUUGAGGGUGCCUCAUGUGCAGGAAUGUCAGCAAUUGCUUAUAAUUUAGCAACAGAGUUGGGAAUUUACAUUUGCAAAGAGCACAUUGGUACUGAUAAUGAUUGGUUUAUUGGAUUGUUUUGCAUUCCAUUUAUUGCAGUUGCUACAGGAAUAGGUCUAAUAAUUGGCGUAUUGGAGGGAAAACUCUGGCAGAUUUUGGAUAGUGCUAUGUAUUCAAAAGUCCGUAACAUAAUGACGAGCAAGAGACAUAACAUUACUAAUUAA